GUGAUCAACGCUCCAAUCUCAGAGAGGGAACGGCACACACUCAUUUGCACAGCCAUGUUAUAUAUAGUGCACCGAAGCUAGGGCGGUAUCCCUGAGCUGUGUUGUUUUUUUUUAUCCCCUCACUGUUCCCCACUGACGUCUGAACGAAAGAGAAAAUGCCUGAUCCUGCAAAAUCGGCCCCCGCGCCCAAGAAAGGAUCCAAAAAGGCUGUAACCAAAACGCAGAAGAAAGGAGACAAAAAGCGCCGCAAGAGCCGAAAGGAAAGCUAUGCCAUCUAUGUGUACAAGGUGCUAAAACAGGUGCAUCCGGAUACUGGGAUAUCCUCCAAGGCCAUGGGCAUCAUGAACUCGUUUGUCAACGACAUCUUCGAGCGCAUCGCCGGGGAAGCGUCGCGCCUGGCGCACUACAACAAGCGAUCCACCAUCACCUCCAGGGAGAUCCAGACCGCCGUCCGCCUGCUCCUGCCGGGCGAGCUGGCCAAACACGCCGUAUCCGAGGGGACGAAGGCCGUGACCAAGUACACCAGCUCCAAAUAAGGGCGACACGAAAGGGGGAACAGUUCCCAAAUCAACACAUAGACGACACUGAAUCUCCCCCCCUUUCAGCGUCGGCUGUUUACUUUGCCAAAACUGCGUUUGUGAUUUUGCACCAUUGCCGCAUUUGGAAGAGAAUGAAUGCCAACUGAACCCCGGCAUUACGCUGAAUGUCUUGAUUCACUGGAAUCUGUAGCCUGCCAUUUUGUUUUAGCACAAUGUUUAUUUCAGAUCCGUUUUUAACAAGUCAUUAAACGAAUGUAAAUCGGUGCUCUUAAAAUGUGGACUUAUUUGAUUGCACCAUUUUAAAACCGACGCGUGUACAUGCACCUUAUAAAGUUAUAGUACAGUUUUGACGGUACAGCUGAAACGCAUUGUGAAAUUAAACGUUUGGCUUCCUACGUUACUGCGCA